GUUCUGGAAGGGUGCAGAAGCAGACUGGCAUGAGACAGCUCCCAACUCAUAAGCACCGUGAACCGUCCCUUUUUUGCCUUCAACCUCAGAGGUGGAGGAUUUCGAAAUAUCCAUUACCUAUUCCUCACUAUUAAUCUUAGUCUUAAGUCAUUUGGUUGACACACAGCUGUCAUAAACCAUCAUGGCUUUAACUAUCACUGCCGCGGUUGUUGUUGGGCUUGCUGCAGUCGCCCAUGCGGGUGACCUCUCGACGCCGACGCCGACGCCGACGCCGUCGCCGGAGGCGCCGUGGCCGGACUUUGCAAUGCCUCCAUACAAUGGGACGGGUCCCACGCUGCUCCGAUUUGGGUGCCACCAAGUUGUCGUUGACCGGAUCGACCCCCUUGUCAACCCCGGGUCCAUCCCGUCGCCGCACCAGCACCAAAUUGUCGGCGGAGAUGCCUUCAAUGCCUCGAUGCCCGUGUCCGACAUCAGUGAACUAUCGACUUGCACGACCUGCAGCUACAGUGACGACUUCUCCAACUACUGGACGUCCAAUCUGUAUUUCAGGGCUCGCAACGGGAGCUACAAGCGUGUGCCUCAGAUUCCGAACCGUCUGUUCUUCGACGACGAGUUCACAACCAAAACCAACGGCGGCAUGGUUGCCUACUAUGUGUCGCCGGGCAAGGGCGAGGUGAAGGCCUUUGAGCCAGGCUUCCGCAUGUUCUUUGGCGACGCCGCCCUACGCUCCGAGCCCCAGGGGCAGUGGAACUUGUCGACACAGACCUGCUUCCGAUGCUACAGCGGGCCCGACUUUCAAGGAGAUGACCUCGCGCCGUGCCAAGAUCCGGCUGUUGAUACCCAGCACCUCCCCAAUGGUCCUUGCCACGGCAUCCGAACCAACGUUAUCUUCCCGACCUGCUGGGACGGCAAGAACCUCGACAGUGCCGACCACACGUCUCACAUUGCCUAUCCCGUGGAAGGGCCGCACGUGUUUGACGGCAUCGGCACCGCUGAUACGUGCCCAGACUCGCACCCCGUCAAGAUCCCGCAGGUCAUGUUCGAGAUCGUCUGGGACACAACGGCGUUCAACGACCCUAACGAGUGGCCCGAGGACGGAUCACAGCCCUUUGUUCUGAGCACGGGGGAUCGGAGCGGAUACAGCCAGCAUGCUGACUACGUGUUUGGGUGGAAGGGAGAUGCGUUGCAAAGGGCGAUGGAUGCUGGGUGCAUUGCUGCAAACUGCCCCGGUAUUGCAACGCAAGCGGUGGAAGAGGCGGCGAAGUGCAGGGUGCCGGAAGUGGUUGACGAGAAUUAUGAAGGCUGGCUUGAUACGCUCCCGGGCAACCCGCCACAGCCUUCGGCCACGACUUCUACGUAGAGAGAGGUAUGUCUAAUAAAACCCGCAGGCAAUGGCAAAAGAAGGAAGGCAUGAAACUGGAAUCAUUCGUUAAGCCACUCUGGCAAGUAGGGAUACCCUGCCCUUUUCUCACACUUGUUGCCAAGUUACGUGUGGAGAUUCGAGUGUGGUUGGUAGUCCAUAAAUACAUAAAUACAAGUGAUACCUAUCAGAGACCACCAGGGGAGCA